AUGGACGCUGCCGAGUACGUCCUGUGCAGAUGGAAAGGCCACUUGUGGCCAGCAAAGGUAUUGUCCAGAUUGGGGACUUCAGCAACAAGUGAUAGGGGAGGGCUGUUUCCCCUAGAAGUUGAAGUCCUCUCCACAGAUGAAAAGAUCCAAGUGAACAGCACAGACAUCACGGCCCUCAGUGUGUCUAGAAUUGAAGCCCUGGCCUCCUCAGCAGGGAUGCCCUUGGCAGCCACUGACCCACCAGGAGUCGCCACAUGGAAGGACACUGCCCCAUCAGGACAAACAAGGGUGUACAGAAAGGCCCUUAGAGUGGCACUGGAGAUUGUGCACGGGAGAAUGGCCUUGGGUCAAGAAAGAACACCGCAGGAGCACGGGACCCCUCUGGCGUCCCCAAAGGGACCGGCAGAGCCAGCCCACUCAGGCCCUCGCCUUCGCCCUCGUGGUCACCUUCGCCCACGUGCUUGCCUCUGUGCCAGCUCUUGCCCUUGCUCCCACCCGUGCCCAUACCCUCGCCGUCCCAGGAAACAUAGGAAACAGAAAGGGACCCUCCGUAGGAGGCUUGGGCAAAGGGGAGGCCCAAGAUCCCUGCUGGUGCGGCUUCCAGAGAAGGAGGAUGCCCCGCCUGGUGGGGCAGCCCAGGUGCACACAGCCGUCAGCCCUGGUGCAGCCGAAAUGCAAGCAAAGGCAUCCCAAAGUACCAGUGCGCCCGCAAACUCCCUGACACCUUUAGGAGCUGCUGGUGAACAGCAGGGCAAGAACAAGGCGGGCCCCUCCACACUUGUGCCCUCAAGUCCCCCCGUGGUGGGGGAGGGCGUGUGGGCUAAGGAGGAGCAGCAGGCCCCCACCGGGCCCAAAGCUCUGAAGGAAGAGGCCUGGGACCCUUGGCCAGGGACUUGGGCUCCUGUGCCCCAAGGGAGCACUACCUUCCUGAGAAGCAUGGGGGAGGACCCUGGCGAGGGGGCCUCGGAGCCAGGCUUGGAAGGGGCGGCGGAGUCGCCCGAGUCCCAGAACCCGAGCCUGCAUUACUCUCUCCGGAUUGCAAACAGGAAAAGGAAGCACCAGCUGCCAGCCUUUGAGAGAGGACGAGCAGAGCGUGCACCUCAGGUGCGCUCAAAGGCUGCUCAGACCUUCGCCAGCAUUCCCAAGCUCUGCGGUGGACUAGACGGGCGAACCGUGAGCAGGGCUUUUGGCCAGGAGCCCGGUGCCGUUGACAGAGGAGCGAUGGUCUGGUUUCAAUUCCAGGAUCAUCCGUUUUGGCCGGCCGUGGUCAAGAGUGUGAACAAAGCCACCCAGACAGCCAGGGUGCUCUUGAUCCAGGCAAGCCUGCGCGGGGACUGCAGGGGCAUCCGCGUCCCUCUGCGCAGAUUAAAGCCCCUGCACUGCGAUGAGAGAUUCAAGCUCCUGAGGCGAGCCAGCAGAGCACACCUGCAGGGCUUGAACUGGUGCUUCUCGCUGAUUGCCCACUACCGGGAAGGGGUGGCCCGGGGAUCUUUCUCAGGCCCCUUCCUGCACUAUUACGCCACCGACGCCAGCUACCCAAUUCGGAAAGCCAUCCAAGAGGGUGACCUGCGAGAGGGUGACUUCCCCAAGGUGAACUAUGCCGAGCUGGACGAUUCCGAGGAGGAGGAGGAGGAGGAGAAGACAUUCCUGGGCAGGAAGGGGCCCUGCAAGAAACUUCUCCCCGACCGGAUGAGGGCCGCGUGUGACCGACACAACCAGAAGCUGGUGGACUUCAUCGUGAGGAGAAAGGGGGCCGCCCACCUCCUGGACAUCGUGAAGGGCUGGAAGCCGUCCAGGUGGCUGGCAUCCUUUCUGGAGACAAGCAAGUGCAUGCUCUGCAUCGAGACCUACCUGGAGGACGAGGAUCAGUUGUUCACCAUGGUCAAACAUUUACAAAAGAUCUACGAGCACACAGACGAGACCAUACUCGCUAUGAUGAAGGGCGACAAAGUAAGAUUCGUGGUGGAAGUUCUGCUGCCAGAAGCAAUCAUUUGGUCAAUUGCCGAACUGGAUGGAGUGGACUACAAGGAAGCAGAAGAGAAGUAUCUGCAAGGGCCACCUGUGCACAGGCGUGAGAAAGAGCUAUUUGACAAGAAUAUCUUAAAGGAGAGGAGGAGGAGAUCAGCAACCGCCAAUCAGUCCUUCAGGUCUCCUCCUGCACCGCUAACCUAG